ACAUCCACCAAGGCAGAACCCCAAGUCUUCUUCCUCCCUCGGCUCCUCUGCUCAUCCUCCUCUGCUUGCUGCUCUCGUCUGCCUGCGCGUGUGUGCAAGGUGCUGAAAGCGAGAGAGGAUCGAUGGGGGCGCAGAGGUUCAGGUUCUUCUGCUGCGGCUGCGGGGCCAAUGCGGCCGCCAGCGACAUGGAGAUGAAUGACGAGGAGGCGGACUGCGCCGGGGCGGUUCCCGAGGGAGGAGGUAAAGGGACCGACGGGACGACGCGGCAGCUUUCGUGGCCGCAGGUGGAGCGGAUGACGGGCGGGUUCACCUCCGCCGUGGUGGGCGAGGGCGGCUUCAGCACCGUCUACCUCGCGCGCCUCUCCGGCGGCCUCGCCGCCGUCAAGGUACACCGCAGCAGCGAGCGGCUCCACCGCGUCUUCCGCCAGGAGCUCGACACGCUCCUGCGCGUCCGCCACCCGCACAUCGUGCGCCUCCUCGGCUUCUGCGACCAGCAAGACGAGGGCGUGCUGGUGCUGGAGUUCGCGGCGAACGGGAACCUGCACGAGAAGCUGCACGGCGGGGGCAAGUCCGGUGGCGCGCUUCCCUGGGCGCGGCGGGUGACGGCGGCGCUGCAGGUGGCGCAGGCGCUGGAGUACCUGCACGACCAGUGCGAGCCGCAGGUGGUCCACGGCGACGUGAAGGCGGCCAACGUGCUCCUGGACGGCGCCAUGUCCGCCAAGCUCUGCGACUUCGGGUCGGCGCGGAUGGGGUUCUCGGCGGCGGUGCGGCCGCGGGCGUCGGCGCACACCAUGCUGGGGUCCCCGGGGUACGUGGACCCGCACUACAUCCGGUCCGGGGUGGUGACCAAGAAGACGGACGUGUACAGCUUCGGGGUGCUGCUGCUGGAGCUGCUCACGGGCGUCGAGGCCUUCUGCCCCGUCGAGGGCCGCCUCCUCACCGCCGUCCUCGCGCCGAGGCUCAAGCAGCCCUGCGACGCGAGGAUGCUCGUCGACGAGCGGCUCGGCAGCGCGUACGACGCCGCCGAGGCGUCAGCGGUGGCCGCGCUCGCCGCGUCGUGCGUCGGGCACAACCCCAGCCUCCGCCCGUCCAUGGCGGAAGUGGUGCGCACGCUGGAGCAGAACGCGCGCGGGUCCAUCCUCGCCGCCGGGAACGGCCACGGGAAGCUGUGACGACUCCCGAGGCGGUCCUCCUCCUAGGCGGUAGAUCCGGAUUGGCCAGCUGUGAACUUGUGCUGUUGUGAUGAUGGGUGUGAGCUGCAGCGGGGCACGUGGAGCCUCGCCACUGGGCGAGCGCGUACAAAGCGGUAGUAGGCGCGCAUGUCGAAAGCAAUCUCGCAAAAACAAAAAAAUGGCAGGAAAGGUGCGGUGGAAAAAGGUAGGGCUCGUGUGCGCUGAUGGGGAAUUUCGAUGACGUUAUGGUGGUGCCAAAGUGGCAGCGAUUUGGGAGUGCGGGAGAAGAAACCACUAGAAAUUUGGGGUCGUCGAGGCCGCGAUUCUGACGAUUUUGUCCAUUUUUUUUUCCUUCUUCUGUAAAGUACAUUGGGUGUUCAUGAUGUUCUUCAAGUUUGUUUGUUUGUUCGUUCGUU